UCCAUACACCUGUCAGAAAUCCGAGACGGGCGACUUGAAUCCAGCAGAGUUGUGGUGGUGCGCUUCAUAGAGUCCGAAGCAAAUGUACCCAGCAUGCUGGACAAAAUUAAACUGGCAAUGGGUAACAGUGACACUUAUGUUAUUACUGAUGCUCAAGGUAAUGAGGUCUUGGAGUCAGAAGGCACAACUGGUUCGUGUUAUUGGAGGCAGAAUUCAAGGAAACUUCAUGCUGUGGAAAGGGCUGCAUUCAGGCAGUGGCAGCUGAGGAGGGCUCAAAUGAGCCGAAGACAUCCGGACACCUCUGCACUGCAAGACCUGAAACAACAAGUAGAAGAAUUAUUGGAGGCCUCCCAGGGACUGGAGGCUGUAUCCCAGCAAAUCCAGAGCAUUGUCUCCAGUGCAGAGAGAGCUAUGACAAGAACCAUUGGGACGGCCCUAAAGGAAACUUUUUCAUGUUCAAUUUGCACUGGAAUUAUGGAAAACCCAGUGCUUACAUCAUGCUGCAGGAGCAUUGUGGGGUGCAAGCUGUGCGUCAACCAAUGGGAGGCAACAUCUGCCCAGUGCCCUAAAUGCCGCUCCGAAGAGUACCACGUGACUGAAGUUGCUGGUCUCUCCAGUGCCCUGGAUGCAAUUAAAAAUCUUGUUUAAAUUUCAAUAAGUUUCAACUUGUGCAGAAUCCAUUUCGGUCACCAGAGGACCAGGUUGCUGUGGAGAGGCAGUGUCCUGACAUUGCAUCUCUUUUUGAACGGGUUUUCAAUUUCCAACAAGAAGAGUUCCAAAAUGCUUUAAAAAAUACUAAUUGAUCUUGUUCGAGUUCAUGCUUAAGUGUUCCUUACUGUCUUCUGAAUUAAAGGAUACUCCACUUUAAAAUAAAUUCUGUCGUCAUAUACUCGCCCUCAUGUUUUUUUCAAUCCUUUAUGAACUUCUUUCUUCUGCUGAAUAGAAAGGAAGAUAUUUAGGAGAAUGUCAGUAACCAGACAGUUUCUGGUCUCAUUGACUUCCAUAGUAGGAAGAUAUAUAUUAUAUAUAAUAAUAAUAUAUAUAUUUUAUUAUCUAUUCGGCAGAAGAAAAAUUCAUAAAGGGUUGAAAAAACAUGAGGGUGAGUGUAUAUGAUGACAUUAAAUUUAUUUUAAAGUAGAGUAUCCUUUACAAAGUGAACUGGAUCAGGUUCCUGUGGAAUAAAAAAUGUU